CAAAGCACCAUAAACACUCUUCUCGUAGCUAGUACUAUCUAUAUCUUUCUUCUGUCUUUUUUUCCACUCUCUAGCUAAAUCUCUACGUACGCCAGAAACAAUGGCUCAGGAAAGAGGCAGUGCAAUGACCACAGCAGCUUUGGUGUUGUUGAUGGUGCUAAUUGGCCACUCUGAGUUUGCUCGUGCCGCCACCUACACUGUCGGCGGUACUGGUGGUUGGACCUUUAACACUGCUGGUUGGCCUAGAGGAAAGAGCUUUAGGGCUGGUGACACCCUUGUGUUCAAUUAUGGCUCCGGGGCACACAAUGUGGUGGCUGUGAACAAAGCUGGUUACCAGAGUUGCAGGACUCCAAAGGGUUCCAAAGUGUUUACAAGUGGAAAAGAUCAGAUCAAGCUGGCUAAGGGACAGAACUACUUCAUUUGCAAUUACCCGCAGCACUGCGAGUCUGGCAUGAAAAUUGCCGUGUCUGCAGCCUAGCUAGAUAAUCAAUGUAUGGGGACAAAAUAAUUUAAGCUUUUAUGUAAUGCUUUCAUGUCACUCUUCUGCUUGAUUACUAUUUCAGACAAAAAUCUACUGUGUACUUUUACUUUUUUUUAGCUGAAAAAAAACUACUGUGU